AAGUGAUCAGGAGUGGACUGCACGUCGAUUUUAACAAAAAAUACUAGAACUUGAAAAAUGAGUAAGGAGAUGAGUCAAGAGCGUCAUGAUGAACUGUAUGACCGACUGGCAAUAUCCAAGCAUGUAAUAAAUGAAAUAAAAAACGGUGGAAAUCCUAUCCCAAAUGAUCUCAAUGAGCAACUUACAGAUGCCGUGUGCCAAUACACAGGUGUAAAAGAAGAAACAGUAAAAGAAGCUUUGAACUACAAUAAAAAGAAAACAUUCACUGAUUUGUACAUAUUUUCUGAAGAAUCACUACAUUGUUUCUUUAACCCAUCAGCAUGUUUUCUGCGCUUCGAAGAUGUAAGACAAAUAAUCUUUGACCUCUAUGUAAACCAACUACAAAUACCUAAUAAGAAUUCAAUAUUCCAAUCCUUGGUGAAAUUAGAACGGUACAAAGACUACUUCGUAUCGAAUCUAGAAACCGACAUGUACUACAUCGGAUUCAUAUGGAGACGACUUCCGAACUCCAAGAAAUAUAUCGUAGUAGAAAAAUCAGCACAAUUCAUGAGAAGGAUGAAGUAUUUGCAGCGUAUGAAUGAAUAUAGAAGUAAUAAUCGAGUGCUCGUCCAUGUUGAAAAAUCUUCCAUCAAACUUAAUAAUUUGCCUGCGUCCUUUGAAAUAAUGUUGGCAGUCUGCCCUCAACUAGGCCUGAUCGAUUUGACUCUUGUAACACAAACCAUGGAAAAUUGGCUCAAAACUAUAAUUCACGGGAUACCUUCGAACUCAGUGUUUGUCAUUCAACUACCACCGGCUACCGAGGAAACAAUUGACUGUAAUCCAAAAAUUAAUAGUCCAAAGAAGGAUCUGAUUAAAUGGUUGGAAUCAUAUGGAAUUCCUCACGACCCCAACCAACAUAGUGCUGAACUGUAUGCUCUAAUAACGAAAUACAAAUGUUUUUAUCCGUGUGGUUAUAAAUUCAUUGCUUUUUUGGAAGCUGCUGGUCACGAGGUGGUGGUGCGUCCUUCUGAACUGAAUGAUAGGUACUUCGAUUUGUCCUCUGUUUCUUUAGACAAUUUCUUCAGUUCAUCCAGCAAGAAGGUCUCUCAGUCAGUAAAGAAGUCUUCAGUACAAACAACAAUCCAACGUAAGUUCUCUGAGUAUAGUUUAUUGAAAUGGUUAAAGGAAGAUCGGAAACUGGCCGAUAGAGAAAUGCAGAUAUAUGAAGAAGAUCAGAAACUAGAGUUGGUUCUAGAUAAUCUUAUGGAUAAAAUCAAUGACGGAUGUAUGAGUGAAGCAGAUUUUGAUGAAUGCGAUGGCAAAGAGUGUGAUCUUAGUAUAUAUGAUCGUCUUCUUAUGCCUAAAAAAACAUAUAAGUAACUGUGAAUUUCUUUGUAAUAAGUAUUGGAUGUAAUGUGUACCAUUUUAUUCUGAUUAAUUACUUGUAAUAAAAAUUUUGUCAUACAUA